GUUGGGAUCCAAGGAAGUGAAACGACGACAAUGGCGGAAGAAUUGGAGAAACCUAUCCCGACGGAAGAAUCUCUGAUGGAGAAGAUCCACGGUCACGAUUCUUCGUCUUCUUCUGAUUCCGAGCACGAGAAACCAGAGUCUCCCUCUGCUUUGAAGGCCAAGAUAUAUCGUUUGUUUGGUAGAGAGAAGCCUGUUCAUAAGGUUCUCGGUGGUGGCUUACCGGCUGAUGUGUUCUUGUGGAGGGACAAAAAGCUCUCAGCUGCUGUUCUUGGUGUAGCCACGGCGAUAUGGGUUCUGUUUGAAUUGGUUGAGUAUCAUUUCUUGAGUCUUGUCUGUCACAUUUUGAUAUUCGCUCUUGCAGUCCUGUUUCUAUUGUCCAAUGCUCAUGCCUUUAUGAACAAGACUCCACCUAAAAUUCCUGAAAUCCAUAUUAAAGAGGAACAUUUCAUUUUGAUUGCUUCUGCACUGAGAAAUGAGCUGAACCAGGCCUUUGUCAUCCUAAGGAGCAUUGCCUUAGGAAGGGACCUGAAGAAAUUUCUGAUGGUGGUUGUUGGACUGUGGGUAAUCUCUGUCGUGGGCAACUGGUUCAACUUCUUGACUCUGCUAUACAUCUGUUUUGUAGUGUUGCAUACAGUACCGAUGCUGUAUGAGAAACAUGAAGACAAGGUAGAUCCAGUGGCAGAGAAGACGCUGAAGGAGCUGAAGAAACAUUACAUGGUGUUUGAUGAGAAGGUUCUUUCUAAGCUUCCUGUUGCUUCCCUUAAGGCAAAGUUGGGUUAGAGAGACUUUAGAGUGAAGCAACCUUUUUUUUGACGUUUUCCUUUGCGUCUCGGUGGGCACUUUUCUUUUUUACUUGCCCUCCUGUUCAGAAAAAAAUUUACUCUUGCUUUGGCGUACAUUUCUUUUAUUUUGACUACAAUUUUUGGUUUUUCCUUGGGAAGUAAUUUUUGUUUUUUGGCUUCUUAUUAUUUGAGUUUAUCAAAUUCUGGAA